AUGCCUGGUAACGAAUAACGGCCCAUUUUCUCCACCCCUGAGCACGUCAUCGAGUGCCCCCUGGGAAGCCCAAGCGUUUCAUACUCCAUCCGUCCGGUGCAAUUUGAACCCCAUACUCCUUUCACCUCGUCCUUGCCCCCUCCCACACAACAACCGCUUAUACGACACGAUGGUCCCCAGACCCUACGUAGAAACCGACUUCAGAGCCAUUCGGACUACCUAACCCCUGGCACAUCGACUCGUCAUCUCUAACCUUCCUGCUACUUCUGAUAACAUCGCAAAACUGACGGCGGAAGGGACCAUUGAACACCUACUUGUCCAAGCCGGCAUUAGCGUCAAUGAGCAGCCAGUUUUCUUUCAGUCGCACGAAGUCCUUAACCUCACCGGGCUGUCGGACCCUCCCCAAUCAAGAUACAAGGCCCUAAACACGGAUUAUUUUGAGAUCAUCGGGCCCAAGGACGAAAUUGAAUUCACCAGCAAGAUCUUCAGUUUUCUGAAUAACGACAGCAAGCCGUACUGUGAGUGGAACAAAAGAUCGCCGACCCUCUCCUGUUCACUACAACAGCCUCUGACAGCCCAGACUUCCAAACGUCCAGACCCUUCCUCGUUCGAAUCCGAGCUAGUCGACGAAAACAAUCACCGUUGGCCUCGUCUUUUCGCUCAUUUCACCGACGUGAAGGAGAACGACGAAGUACGAUGGGUCCGUCUAGCUUUUGAUUCCGUAAAGCAUUCCGGCAAGGAGAGCUACGACACCAUCGAGCGAGCCCCGGAAGAAGCAAUUCGAAAGGCGAUAAAAGCGCAUUUGGACAAACACUUCGAAGACAUGAAGAACGUCCCCGCCGAGUCGUGCAUUUCGGUCACCAACGAUUCAGGUACACGCGGCGAUCAAUGCAAGGUCCUGGUCGCGGUUCGUAUGGCGAGUGCUUUUAUGGUGGACAAGAUCACAGCCACGAAGGACCGGUCUACCCUCAGUGCAAAGGUCAACAUCCCAAUGCGACCCACGUCUCGUUUGACGCCACAAGUGACUACGGAACCACUGCUGGUCGAACAAACCAUCACCGGGGUUUUCAAACGCAUCGUGAAAACGCGAGGGAUGCGAGAGCCCUUCGCAAUCGUCGUCUUAUGGGCCAAAUCGAACAGGGACCCCCAGAGUGUGGCCUCGUACCUGAUGAGCUGCCUUAAGGAUGCCGAGACUCGACAUGCCGCCGAGUACCCCCAGGAUCCCAUUACGCGACCCAAAGGCACAAUUGUGACGACGGACUACGAGCCGGCUACCGGCCCGGGCCAGCACCAAAAAGCGGUCUUUCGGUUUUCAAUGUCCACAUCCGCCCUGGCAACACACAUCGUGCAGAUGGUACGUUUUCUGCCGGCCCACAACAGAUUCGGCACGAGUUGGCAUGAUGGCGACGAACGUGUAGUCAUCAAGGUCUGCCUAGACAACGAGCGCGCUGAUGCUAUCUCUGCCCGAUUCAAUAAGGCCACGUCGGAGUCGCAAGGGGCUAUCGCCGAAAGUGCUCGACACAUCGAAAAUCGGAUCGACAUGAUCCAGGACGUCUUCCAGACCCUCGCCACAACGUACGCGGAGGACAAGCGAAGGAACGAACAGAUCGCGCAAGAAACUCGGCAAAUGAUGCAUGCGCUCCACAUGAGCAAUCAAGCGCUCUUUUCAUCUCUAUCGGGCGUACAAGCGUCAGGUCAAGCGCAAUUCGCUGUGAUGACCGCCAGUACCCAACUCAGCAAUCUCAGGAUGGAGCUCCUAUUCAGUAAUCAUCCCAAGGACAGUCAGGAAUACCAAGAACUCGCGCGAGAAGUUCAAGAGGCACGAAGGACGGUGUGCGACGCACAGGCGGCAUACCAGCAAACGCAACACCAAGUCACCCUGGCGCUCCGACAAGCAAGUCCCGUAUACCUGCAGCAACUGGCCCAUGACGGUCUAACCAUCCCCAAUGGCAACAAUGCGAGCGGCGCCGCAGAUAACGCGAUGGACGAACGUGAAGAAUCCGGAGGCUCGCCGAGCAAGCGCGGACGACACAAUCAAGAAGGUGACGUGCACACGACAAGCCCCCAGCCACAGAGUCGCAGCGAGCAUGAAGGAAUGUCUAUAGUAAGUGACUAG